ACACUCGGUUUUGAAAGAGUUCUCAAUACAUAUCCUUGACUCUAGAGUUGAUCUCUUAAGCAAUGGGCUUGCGAUCUAACGUUCUGUCUUCGAAGAUGCCAUCACGUGAUACCCACCCGCAAACCAUCACUGACUGCUCUUGCCACUAUUUGGCUAUCUUCUGCAGCUAUACUACCUCACAUAUGUCCCCAUUAUCUCCAUUAAAGCAGCCUACAAACGUACCCGUCCAAUCCACCAGCCCAUCUCCCUCACCGGUCCACGCCCGCUCUCCAAGCCCACCAACAAGGCAAACCACGCAAUUCCCCUUGAUUGUCCACGUACUCCAUGCGCCGUCGCCUUGUCGCCUUCUCUUCUAUGUCGUUGCCUAGAACCCAGACUCCACGUUUAAUAUACCCAAAAAAAU